UUUCCUUUCCGUAAUUUUACCCAAAACAACGGCGUCAACGGUAUUGUUCGGUCGGCACCACGAUAACAUGCCCUCACGCAAGAACGAACCUUUAACCUAAAAUGUUCAAGUAUUUGUUCAUUUUCAUCUCUUCGGUAGUAGUCGAAAACCGUGCCUUUCUGACUACUGACACGGCUGUAGGACUGAUGGCGAAGAACCCCGUGUUGAUGAGGCUUCUGCAAACAGUGGACGCUGCGACCACUGACGAUCGGCUGAUGGACGUCUCUCUGCAACUACUCAAAAGCUUGUGUGUUUGUAUGCGUGAAACUUUAAAAGCAAAACAACAUGAAAGUGCAUCGUUCAGUGGUGAUACCAACUCGCUGCAAGUCGAGAAGAACAACAAAGAUCCAAGCAAUAAGGUACUGGACAUUUAUCAGAAUAUUUAUAAAAAAACUUGUUUUGAUUUAAAAAAUGAAGUUGCAUCGAAGGUUAAUAAAAGCACUAAUAUAUCCUCUGACGAAGAAACGGAAUUUAUGCUGAAAAGCGACUGUGGGAGAACACAUAUUCAAGCUAAUACAAAUAUUCUUAAGCAAGAGGUCAGAACUGAUAUCAAUAAAACACGACUUGAAUACAUUUUAUACCAAACUUUUAUAAAGACGCGUGGUUACCAUAGAUUCCGUACGAGGAAAUACAGUUUGUAUAAACAUACAAAAAAACUGACGCGCGUCCCUGGCAAGCAUAAUGUCAUAGUAAUUCUUACCUUCUAUCCAGUAAAAGAUAGAUGCCCCUUAAUAUCCAACUAUACCAAACUUAUCGAUGAACUUAACAGUACCUUACACACUCAUUCGCCGAUAGACAUAGACAUUAUUGAUGCUAGAUUUGGUCAAAAUGAAACUGUCAGUGGAGAAAGCCUAACGGCAAAUGAAGCCCCGGACUGUGCCUUAAAAUCUAUCUACACUUUUUUACUACAAAGUGAACGAAAUAAUAAGACACAAGUUUUUAAGUUAAUGCAUCGAAAUAAUACAAUUAAAGUUUAUAUUGAUGUAACUUCUGAACCUUAUCAUUCUGAUUACACUAAAAUGUGUUGCAGUAACAAAACAGAUGAACCAGUGUGUAAAAUAAAUUUUCCAAAUGAAAGUUUUGACUCAAAAGAAAUAACCACAAGUACGACAGAAAAGUCUAGAAAUUUAAAAGAAACAAUAUUAAAAAUCAAGUCUUUGGUGAAAUUGUACGAUAAAAGAUUGAAGAAGAAAAAGUUCAAACGAUCAACUACACUACAAACAGUUAUCAAACGAAAUAAUUUAAAAAGUGAUUUAAUUACUGAGGGUGAAUACAGUAUUUCCAAUCCUUUAAGAAAUAUGCCUGAAUCUAAAUACUUGCUGAACUAUACGAAUUCAAAGGAAAUAUGGAUGAACCGUAUAUUGGAUGAUGAAUCCAGUCAUGAAAAGGACGACAAAGGGAUAACUGUCAAGAAACAAAUAACAUCACCUGACCAAGAAGUUACAGCUUCACCAAAUAGUUUUACUAAAAAGCAUGAAACAACCGUGCCAAGCCGUGUCGUCAACAAUGAAAUAACUAGUGUAUAUACUAAAUUUAAGAACGAUUUGAUUUAUCCUAGUGAAAGUAAUGAACCAAUAACGUCAACAGAGUUUUUUAACAUUCAAAAAAAGGAACAAUUUGUAGGAGAAGCUAUUAUUUCUCAAACUACUAACCUACUGGUAACACAAACACCAGAUAUAAUUCAUCCGCAAAUUGACAGAACAACAAGACAAAGAUUAACCUAUUGGGAUCAAACUAAUUACCAUCCACUCUCGAGAUCACCAACGACCGAAAAACCAUCUGCCCUUGACUCCGAAACCGUAAUUAGCCCCUUUCCGACUGAUAAUAGAGAUGUGUCUACGGUAUCUAAUUUGCCAAUAGAAGAUACUUUAGAAAUCGUAGUUACAGCAAAUAACAAACAAAAAAAGAUUUCACUACAUGAUUUAUUUGCAGAACAGGGUUUAAACGUGAUAACCCAAAAUCUUCCGCCAGCAGGUGAGGUAACAAGUAACAAUACUGAUAAACUCGCAAAGACAUUUGUAGAACCAAAUUCAAUGCCUACCCUUUUCAGUAUCUGUAUAGCAUUAACCAAAAAACUGCACUCUACAGAACAUACAGAUCAUCAAUUUACUCCAACCAAAAUAACUAAUAUAGCAACAACUACAAUGAGUAAAGAUAGUUUUUUUACAGUAAAAGAUAGUAAUAACUUUUCGGAUACCGGUACUUCCGACAUCCUUUCCAAAGAAAACAACACAACUUCAUCACUACCCACAAACUUACUAGAAACAGGACCACAAAGAAAUAAAGCAAUUGAUCUAGUAAGUAAUGAAACAAUAAAAGAAGAUUUAGAAGCACUAAAUAGAAAUCCUCCAUUCAAGGUUACAGAAGUUUUAGUUAAAUUGAAGCCACAAAGUUAUUUACCGACUACCAACCUACAUACCACGGUUAGCAAUGACACUAAUAAAGUCAGUAACCUAACUCAAUCAUAUGGUACAACUACAUUUAAUAAACAUAACGACACGUUUGAUAGUUACCGCGUUACGAAUUAUUAUAGUGCAGGCUUAGAAACUUUUAACAAUUUGAAAGCAAACGUUGUAAAUAACCCGUCAGAAAUCGAAAACCUUCUUCUUCAUAAUAAUGAUAUGUCUACGUUAAGUGUUAAUUCUACUACUACUGCGAUGUCGGACAUUUCUACCAAAUAUAGCAAUCAAACUAAAAUAGAUCGCAACAUUACCGUAACCAAUCAAUUAACGCUACCGGAAUAUACCGAAAAAAUAAAUCUGUUAGACCAUUAUACAGAAACUACGUCGCACCCAGAGAUUAACAACAUGCUUGGUAUUACACAAAAAAUAUUUACCCCGAAUAGCAAAACAAAUAAUCUGAUCAAGGAUAGUAAUCAAAAUAAAACAGGCCCGAACUAUACCAUAAACAAACAAUCAAACAAAACCCUUCCAGACUAUGUACUGGACCGAGAUAAGUUGGAAAAAGAUAACAAAACAAACAACUUCGUCAAUAUUGUUCCCAAAGAUGAUUUUAAUUUACAAAUGAUAAAAAAUAUUUCGUACAAAGCAGCAAACGAUGUUAAUCCGAUAAACAAAAACUCUCUCUUUGUAACCGUUUUUAGUGAUAAUCAGUAUAUACAAACUCAGCAAACAAAAACAACAACUGUCACUCAACCUCCGACAAUGCUGGAGUUAGUCGAAAACUUGAGUAUAUUUAAUAUCAACCCAAAUCAAAACCUCGACACAAUAACUUAUCCCGUGCAAAACAUCACUCAGCCACAACGAUUUAAAAUGAUUCCAGAAAUAAAGGAUAAUAGUUCAAAAAUAGGUGUUAGUACCGAUCAUUAUACAAGAGAUUCCACGAAAGUUGAAAAAGAACAACCAGGGGCAAAUGAGUCAACAUUAGAAAAAUCCCCAGAGCGGCUUACAACCAAUACAAACUAUUUAUAUGUCACGGAUAAAUACAUUGAAAAUACAAUUUACUUUGAUUACAACAUGGAAAACACAAAUAUUUUAAACACUAAUAAAUAUAAUACAAGCUUAGAAUUAGACAAUACAAAAAAUAAAUAUGUUACUUCUUUCAAAAUAACACCAACCGAAAACUAUACUUUGAAACCUGCACUUUUCAAUGAAAGAAACGAAAAAAACAAUUUUAAUUAUUCAAAUAAUACAUCUACUAUGGUUACAUCGCGAGCUCUGGGGGCCAAUGAUUAUAAAACAUUUUUAAAUGACUUUACUGACCAGAUCCAUCACAUCGGAAGUAAAGCUGAAACGUAUAUUGAUUCAACUGCCACAGGCCUCUUGAACGAAGAGAUGAAAAAUAUGAAUUCUGAUUCUACUGUGUCGCCAAUAGUCUAA